AUGGGGGUGUUUUCACACGUGGACGUGGUCGUGGACGUCGACGUCGACGUGGUCGUGGACGUGGACGUGGACGUGGACGUGGUCGUGGACGUAGACGUGGACGUGGACAUGGUCGUGGACGUGAACGUGGACGUGGUCGUGGACGUGGACGUGGACAAGGACUUGAACGUGGACGUGGACGUGGGCGUGGGCGUGGACGUGGACGUGGACGUGGAUAUGGACGUGGUCAUGGACGUGGACGUGGACGUGGACGUGGACGUGGUCGUGGACGUGGACGUGGACGUGGUCGUGGACGUGAACAUGGACGUGGUCGUGGACGUAGACGUGGACGUGGACAAGGACUUGGACGUGGACGUGGACGUGGACGUGGGCGUGGACGUGGACGUGGACGUGGACGUGAACGUGUUCGUGGACGUGGACGUGGAUUUGGACGUGGACCUGGACGUGGACGUGGUCGUGGACGUGGACCUGGACGUGGACGUGGAUUUGGACGUGGACGUGGACGUAGAAUUGGACGUGGACGUGGAUGUGGACGUGGACGUGAACGUGCACGUGGACGUGGACUUGGACGUGGACGUGCACGUGGACGUGGACUUGGACGUGGUCGUGGACAUGGACGUGGACGUCGACGUGGCCAUGGACGUGGACAUGGUCGUGGACGUGGACGUGGACGUAGACGUGGACGUGGACAUGGACGUGGUCGUGGAUGAGGACUUGGACUUGGACGUGGACGUGGACCUGGACAUGGACGUGGACGUGGACGUGGUCGUGGACGUGGACGUGGUCGUGGACGUGGACGUGGUCGUGGACGUCGACGUGGACGUGGUCGUGGAGGUGGACGUGGACGUGGACGUGGACGUGGUCGUGGACGUCGACGUGGACCUGGACGUGGACGUGGACGUGGAAGUGGACGUCGACGUGGACGUCGACGUGGACGUGGACGUCGACGUGGUCGUGGACGUGGACCUGGACGUGGACGUGGACAUGGACUUGGAGGACGUAGACGUGGACGUGGUCGUGGACGUGGACGUGGACGUGGAUGUGGAUGUGGUCGUGGACGUGGAAAUGGACGUGGUCGUGGACGUGAACGUGGACAUGGUCGUGGACGUGGACGUGGACAAGGACUUGGACGUGGACGUGGACGUGGGCGUGGGCGUGGACGUGGACGUGGAUCUGGACGUGGUCGUGGACGUGGUCGUGGACAUGGACGUGGACGUGGUCGUGGACGUGGACGUCGACGUGGUCGUGGACGUGGACGUGGACGUGGUCGUGGACGGGAACAUGGACGUGGUCGUGGACGUGGACGUGGACGUGGACAAGGACUUGGACGUGCACGUGGACGUGGACGUGGGCGUGGACAUGGACGUGGACGUGGACGUGAACGUGUUCGUGGACGUGGACGUGGACGUGGACGUGGAUUUGGAUGUGGACGUGGAUUUGGACGUGGACGUGGACAUGGACGUGGACCUGGACGUGGACAUGGAUGUGGACGUGGACGUGCACGUGGACGUGGACGUGGACGAUGACGUGGACGUGGACUUGGACGUGGACGUGCACGUGGACGUGGACUUAGACGUGGACGUGGUCGUGGACGUGGACGUGGACGUGGACUUGGACGUGGUCGUGGACAUGGACGUGGACGUCGACAUGGCCAUGGACGUGGACAUGGUCGUGGACGUGGACGUGGACGUAGACGUGGACAUGGACGUGGUCGUGGACGAGGACGUGGACGUGGACGUGGACGUGGACGUGGACGUGGACCUGGACAUGGACGUGGACGUGGACGUGGUCGUGGACGUGGACGUGGUCGUGGACGUGGACGUGGACGUAGUCGUGGACGUGGACGUGGACGUGGACGUGGACGUGGUCGUGGACGUGGACGUGGACGUGGACGUGGACGUGGACGUGGAAGUGGACGUGGUCGUGGACGUGGACGUGGUCGUGGACGUGGACCUGGACGUGGACGUGGACGUGGACGUGGAGGACGUGGACGUGGACGUGGUCGUGGACGUGGACGUGGACGUGGACGUGGAGGACGUGGACGUGGACUUGGAGGACGUGGAUGUGGACGUGGACCUGGACGUGGACGUGGACGUCUACGUGGACGUGGUCGUGGACGUGGACGUGGCAUGGACGUGGACGUGGACGUGGACGGACAUGGACGUGGAUGUGGAGGACGUGGACGUGGACGUGGUCGUGGACGUGGACGUGGACCUGGACGUGGACGUGGGCUUGGACGUGGACGUGGACGUGGACGUGGACGUGGUCAUGGACGUGGACGUGGUCUUGGACGUGGACGUGGUCAUGGACGUGGACGUGGACGUGGACGUGGACGUGGACGUGGAAGUGGACGUCGACGUGGACGUCGACGUGGACGUGGACGUGGACAUAGACGUGGUCGUGGAUGUGGACCUGGACGUGGACGUGGACGUGGACAUGGAGGACGUGGACGUGGACGUGGUCGUGGACGUGGACGUAGACGUGGACGUGGAGGACGUGGACGUGGACGUGGAGGACGUGGACGUGGACGUGGACCUGGAGGACGUGGACGUGGACGUGGACGUGGACGUCGACGUGGACCGGGACGUGGACGUGGACUUGGACGUGGACGUGGACGUGGACGUGGUUGUGGACGUGGACGUGGACGUGGACGUGGACCUGAACGUGGACGUGGACUCGGACGUCGUGGACGUGGACGUGGACGUGGACAUGGACGUGGACGUAGACCUGGACGUGGACGUGGACGUGGACGUGGACCUGGACGUGGACGUGGACGUGGUCGUGGACGUGGACGUGGUUGUGUACGUGGACGUGGAUGUGGUCAUGGACGUGGUCGUGGACGUGGUCGUGGACGUGGACGUGGACGUAGACGUGGAGGCGGACGUGGACGUGGACAUAGACGUGGACGUGGUCGUGGACGUGGACGUGGACGUGGUCGUGGACGUGGACUAA